AUUUAUAUUUGUUAACUUCUCUGCAAUGACAUCCCAUGCGGUUGGUGAACGCCGCACACGUUACUAUGCGUAAUGGCUCGGAAGCAAGGCACGCGCGCCUCCGCGCCGAUCGAGGCACUCCCGCGCCGUUCGCGAAGCAUCAACGCGAACUGAUUUUCAAAGCCACCAAUUGAUACCGCUGUCCCUUCAUGUCCUCAAUCUUGCCAAGAGCGGUCAAUGGCGAUGAUAUUGCGGAUUUACACUUACGCUUGUGGGUGUGACGCACGAACUGGUGUUGCCGUCCUCCCCCAAUUCUCCCAUGUAUAAAGGUGUAGCACCUCGGGAUUGUAUGAGGGUUGGUUAGGAGGCCUGCGUUUCGAACUAGUUGCUACACCUUACUUGCACGUAGCCCACGUCAUCCCAUUCCAGCACAAAGAUGCAGCUGCGCGGCGCAUACUCGCUGGUAUUACUCUCCUUCCUGGGACUAGUUGCGGGAGCCCCCGAUGGAGCGAACAAGCCAAAGCCAUCGGCGACGCCAACAGGUCCGCCGAAGCCACCACCGACUUCGUCAUGCACGAACGAGCUCCUCUGUUGUCUCCAAGCAACCGAUCCGACGGGCCUUAGCGCGAAGCUCAUACUUGACCUCCUUCACAUUAGUUUGACUCCCGAAGAGAAGAGCGAGGAAGUCGGGUUGACGUGCAGUACGCUGCACAAGCGUGGCUUUGGUGACACUUGCUUCGAAAAGCCGUUGUGCUGCGACAAGAGCUUUGAGUCCGGUAUCAUUGCUGUCGGAUGCAAGGCAGUCAGUAUCUGAAAGGUUCGAUAAAGUCGACUGAAGGACUUCUAUUGUCUACCCACGCCUAUGCCGAGUGCCCAUCAUUUGUCUUCUUGUUUACAUCGUGAUCAUAGACACUUCGAGGAGUAGGAGCAGAAUGAUUUUGCUUAGUAGUUUGUAGCCUUUAUCCGCGAAUGGUAGCAUAUACUGUCCAGUAGUCCGAUCCAGUAGUCCAAUACUGUUGUUUCAUUGAC